AUGGCGACGGUAACAAUUUUACUGGCGUUAGCGCUAUGUUAUGCUGCGGAGGGCAUUCACCUUAGCUACCGACCAUCAACAUCGCAACUGUUCUUGCAAGCCACACCAAGUUUGCAUAUCACUGGACCUGCAGCCACUUUCGCCAGGGUUGCAGCAUUUGGCCCCCAAACUGAAAGACGGCGUGUCACUGGAUUUGGCCCGACACCUGAUGCAGACUUCUUCGGACCAACUACAAGUUUUAGCAACCCUCCUGCUCCACCUGGAGCGGACCAGGACCCAGCUUCUCAAACCUGUGGACUUGCACCUCCAUUCUGCACGAAGUCGCGUUACAGAAGCAUUGAUGGUACCUGCAACAACCUCGAAAGACCUCAUUGGGGUAUACCUAACACGCCUUUUGGUCGAAUCGCGCCUGUUAACUACGAUGAUGGUGUGAGUGCCAUAAAGACCCUUUCGAAGACCGGCCGACCUCUGCCGAAUUCCCGUGAACUUAGUCUACAGCUGUUCCCUGACCUGCAAGUCAUUGACCCCGUAUGGACCCUAAACACACAACAAUGGGGACAAAUUGUAACCCACGACAUGGCACUAUCAGCUGGCGAAGUACAAGCUCCGGAUUUCAAUCCACCGAAUAAGGAAUUAACGGACUGCUGCGAUGACAACGGGAGACUGACGUUCACUGCCCAAACGAACCCGUCUUGUGCUCCCAUAUUGAUACCUCGUAAUGACCCUGUGCAUGCACCACGAGGAACACAGUGCAUGAACUUUGUAAGAACGGGAACAACCAGGGAUAGAGGAUGCACUCCACCCAAUAUUCCUGCUGAACAGCUAACGUCAGUCACAGCCUUCAUGGAUCUCUCCAUUGUCUACGGCAGCAGCCAAACUCAGGCUAGUCCUAUCAGAGCUCGUCGAGGAGGUCGUUUAUUGACUAUUGUGAGAGGAGGCCGGGAAUGGCCACCACAGGAUCCUAACUCAACCGUCAUCUGUGAAACUGCGCAGUCACCUAAUGAACCGUGCUAUUUGACUGGUGACAUCCGUGUUAACCAAAACCCUCAGUUGACGACUCUCCAAGUCGUGCUGAUGAGGGAACAUAACCGCAUCGCUGACGCGCUAGCUCAACUCAACCCUCAUUGGAACGACGAGACCAUCUUCCAAGAAGCCAGACGUAUCCACAUUGCUGAGAUACAACACAUCAACUAUUAUGAAUACCUUCCUAUUCUGUUAGGUUUUGAGAAUAUGGUGAAGAAUAAGCUCAUCUACCCUGGUGCUCACGGCUACGUGAACGACUACAACCCUGGAGUGGAUCCCUCCAUUCUCAAUGAACACACCACAGCUGCCUUCCGUCACUUCCACUCCUUGAUCAGAGGUUAUUUGAAGUUAAUUUCAGAAAGCCGUCGCGCCAUCGGUGCCGUGCGCAUGAGUGACUGGUUCACCCGGCCACAACUUUUGGAACUUGACAACGCCUUCGAUCACUUGGUUCGAGGACUUACAACCCAGGCACAAGACUUCAGCGACCAGUCCUUCGAUAGUGAAAUCACUCAGUUCCUAUUCAAGCGUAACAAUACUUUUGGAGGUGACCUGCGUGCAAGAGACAUCCAAAGAGGUCGUGACCACGGUUUGGCUUCGUACAUCACUACUAGAGCUGCUUGCGGUCUUCCUGCUCCUAAGACCUUCGCUGACAUGUUGGACUUCAUUUCUCAAGAGAACGUGGCUGCUCUCCAAAACCUUUACGCAACUCCCGAAGACGUAGACCUGGUGGUAGCUGGUUCUUUGGAGCGCAAUGUGCCAGGAGCUCAAGCUGGACCGACCUUCCUCUGCAUCAUCACGGAGCAGUUCUACAGGACACGUGUUGGAGACAGAUACUUCUAUGAAAAUGGAGCUGAUCCUGACAUUGCUUUUACACCAAGCCAGCUCGACUCGAUACGCAAGGGAGCAUCAAUGGCGCGGCUGCUGUGUGAUAACAGUGACGGAAUACAGUCUAUGCAGCCCAGAGCCUUCCAACAGAUAUCGCACACGAACGAACUUGUACCAUGCGAAUCGCUGCCAGCUAUUGAUCUAACCUUAUGGCAAGACGCGAGAGGCCAUUUUUAA